AGUGUGACCGCAGUUGUCAGCUCGUCCGGAGAGGCGUCGCGAUGGAGGCCCGGGCGCACGCUGUCCUGGCGGUGCUGCUGCUGCUCGCGGCGCAGGUGACCAUGGCAACCGGGGAGACCCGGUGUAACCCGGGCGAGUAUGAGGUUACCAGCCUUCGCCGCUGCAGCAAACUCUGCCCGGCUGGCUACUACGUCAGCAAAUACAUAGACCAGGACCACAGCGUUGGAGAAUGCAGGAAGUGCGAGUCUGGAACCUUCCGGGCCCACCCCAAUGAGGAGAGCAGCUGCGUGCCGUGUUCCCAGUGCCGGGAGGAUCAGGAGGUGGUGACUGAAUGCUUCCCAACUAGCGACCGGCUAUGCCAGUGCAAGCAGGGCCACUUCUACUGCGACUCCACGGACUGCACAGAGAGCUGCUUCCGGUGCAAAAGGUGUGAAGACAGCACCAUCCUUCAACCCUGCAACGCCACAAGGGAUACAGUUUGUGCCGUAAAAAUUCAUCCAGAGGCUGGGAACCGAACGUGGCUGUGGAUCCUCCUUGCUGUGAUGAUUGUGUUCCUUUGCAUCGCCGUGGCCAUCAUCUUCGCCAUCACUCGCCUCUAUAGAAGAAGAGAAAAUCCAAAGCAGCCAGGCAGCCCUUCGCCUAGAAGCAGCCAGCCCAAGGAGAUGCAGAUGCCCAUGGACCUUGAGAGGGGCCAACCAGCCCCUGGUGUGGAGACCAGGCCGAUUUUGGAGGUAGAGGACUCAGCCCUGGAGCCCGAGGCCAGGACUCACCCGGGACCCUCCAAGGACGCUGGGGAAAUCCUUGGGCUACAGGAGCUGGGGGCCAAAGGAAGUCCAGCAGCCCCAGAGCAGACACUACAACAGACUCAAGCUCCCGAGGCCCCCAGGCCCCCAGGCCAAGCAGAGGUGUCCCCUCCCCUCCACAGCCUGGAGCAGCUCACAGGGAGACAAUCUGACCCUGCCCACCUGUGAAUGGCUGCAAGAAAGAAGAAAUUCAUGCAUCCCCUCCUCAAUUCCAGGAGAUGAUUUGCAAGACCGACGGCCGUCUUUACUUUACUUCCCCACCGCCUCUCCCUCUCUAUUCUGCCUUUUUACUUUACUUCCCUGAUUCUAUAGAAGA